AUGGCUACAUACGACGUAUUUAUCUUUGCCGCGCUUAUCACUGUCGGCGGCGCCGUAUACAAUAGAGAUCGCGAUCGACAACGUGCCGAUCCCCGCUUGUUAGACCGCGCUUGUGAACUCAGCUCCUGUUAUCCGGCGACUGGAAAUCUUCUCAUCGGCCGGGAGGCGAGACUCUUCGCCUCGUCCACUUGUGGAGUCCACGGCCGCGAGCGAUAUUGUAUUGUGUCUCAUUUGGAAGAGCGAAAAAAAUGUUUUUGGUGCGACUCCACGGAAUACACAGUGAACAAUCCGCAGUACAAUCAUCGAAUACAGAAUAUUAUAUACAAGUUUCAUCCCGGCACACGAACGAAGUCAUGGUGGCAAUCCGAAAAUGGAAAGGAGAAUGUUACAGUACAACUAGAUAUGGAAGCGGAAUUCCAUCUAACGCAUUUAAUAAUGAACUUCAAAACGUUUCGCCCUAAGGCUAUGUUAGUGGAGAGGUCUUUUGACUUUGGCAAGACAUGGCGAGUUUAUCGAUACUUUGCGCAUAACUGCGACGAAGCUUUCCCUUCUGUACCUAAGCAUACGCAACGGAGCUUAACUGAAGUUGUUUGUGAAUCACGUUAUUCAGGUGUUGCGCCCUCGACGGAGGGUGAAGUGAUUUUUAGAGUGUUACCACCGAAUAUAAACGUGACGAAUCCUUAUUCAGAAGAAGUUCAAAACUUAUUGCGAAUGACGAAUUUAAGAAUAAACUUUACGAAGUUACAUACACUCGGCGAUGAUUUGCUUGAUAAUAGAGCUGAAAUUCAAGAAAAAUAUUAUUAUUCUAUUUAUGAAAUGACUGUCCGAGGAUCCUGUUCCUGCUAUGGGCAUGCUUCGCGCUGUCUUCCCAUGCCCGGAGUGGAUGCAAAGAACAAUAUGGUUCAUGGGCGUUGUGAGUGCACACAUAAUACACGUGGUUUGAAUUGUGAAUAUUGUGAAGAUUUCUAUAAUGAUUUACCGUGGCAACCGGCCGUUGGAAAAACGUCGAACGCUUGUAAAAGAUGUACAUGCAAUAACCAUGCUACCGCUUGCCAUUUUGACGCCGCAGUUUAUAAUAAGACUGGUAAAAUAAGUGGCGGAGUGUGUGAUAAUUGUCAGCAUAAUACAAUGGGGGUUAACUGUGAGAGAUGUAAACCAACGUUCUAUAAGGAUCCGUCUCUUGAUAUACAAAGUCCAGACGUAUGUAAACAGUGUGAUUGUGACCCAGAAGGAACGACAGAUAAAGAAAUUCUAUGUGAUGACGAAACUGACGCGGCUAAUAACAAAACCGCUGGCAGAUGUUUGUGUAAAGCAAACGUUGAUGGAGCGCGUUGUGAUAGAUGUAGCGAUGGAUAUUGGAACUUUAAUUUGGACAACCCAGAGGGAUGUGAAUCCUGCACAUGUGACAGAUUAGGCACAAUAAAUGAAAGGGGAUGUGACGCAGCAACAGGAAAUUGCUUUUGUAAACGUCAUGUUACAGGGAGAAAUUGUGAUCAAUGUCUUCCCGAGUUUUAUGGGUUGUCAGACAGUGACGAUGGAUGCUCGUCUUGUGAUUGUGACGUUGGAGGCUCCAUUGAUAGAGAUUGUGAUGUUAUAACUGGUCAAUGUAAGUGUCGACCGAAUGUGACAGGCAGACGCUGUGAUCAGCCAUUACAAAACUUUUUCGUUGGAGCACUGGAUUCAAUGGUAUACGAAGCAGAGUCUAGCCAGUGUGAUUCUCAAAUUGAUGAUAACGCUAUUCAAAGCCAAUUAUGUCAUGUUGUUAUUCGAGAAAACUUCCCUGAUGGCAGAAAAGAAACCUGGACUGGCCCCGGAUUCAUGAAAAUACCUGAAAGUAGUACUUUAGUAUUUACAAUCAACAACCUAAAAACAAGCAUGAAUUACAAUGUUCUGAUAAGAUAUGAACCGCAAUCUACAAGAACUUGGGAAGAAGCUACUAUACUUGUUAAGCGACCCACCCCUGAUUCAGAUUCACCGUGUGCCAGUAUACGCCCUGAAGAUGAUACAAUACCUACAGUGUUGCCAGCAAAUCAACGUAGUGUUCUAGUUGAACCAGCGGUUUGUCUCGAGAAAGACAAAGAAACCGAAGUUCGCAUAUACUUAGGAAAACAAGAUGGGCGGACUUCAAGCAGCAGGGCAUCGGUGUUGAUAGAUUCUAUUGUUCUCAUCCCAUCUGUCGAUGAUUUGCCAUUCUUAGCAAAUAACAGCAACGCAAAAGAAGAAUUUGAACGCUACAACUGUGGAGAUAAAUAUUAUUAUGAUUUAAAUAGAGAUAACGUACCAGAAGUUUGUAAGAAUUAUCAUGCUAGUAUCGGAUUUUAUAUAAGGAAUGGUUCAGAAUCCUGUCAAUGUGACCCAUCAGGUUCGAAAAGUCAUCAAUGCGAUCGUUACACUGGAUAUUGUCAAUGUGUUGAAAAUAUUGUAGGUGCACGGUGUGAUAGGUGUGCUCCAGGCACUUACGGUUUUAGCAAGUUUGGUUGUAAACGUUGCGAUUGUAAUAGUAUUGGAUCUUUAGAUAACUUUUGUGAUGCUACUAGUGGACAAUGUAAAUGCAGACCAAAUACCUACGGGCGAGCAUGCGACUUAUGUCAACCAGGCUAUUUCAAUUUCCCUAAUUGUCAGCAAUGUGAUUGUAAUGGGCAUGCCAUUGAAUGUGAUGAUAAAACAGGGGCUUGUAAAGAAUGUGGAGAUUAUAGUGAAGGCCAUCGUUGUGAAAGGUGUAUAGAAGGAUAUUAUGGUGACCCUCGUUUAGGCAUUGAUAUACCUUGUCGCCUUUGUCCAUGUCCUGGAGUUAAAGGUGAUCCAAACAAGAGCAGUCAUGCAGAUAGGUGUGAGUUGGAUGCUGAAACUAAAGAUGUUGUUUGUGAUUGUAAAGAAGGUUAUGCAGGAUUACUCUGUGAUGUAUGUGCUGACAACUAUUUCGGUGAUCCCAUUAAAGGAACAUGUGAAAAAUGCGAUUGCAACGGUAACAUUGAUAUAACAAAACCAGGAAAUUGUGAUCCUUACACCGGAAAAUGUCUACAGUGCUUGCAUAAUACUGCUGGAGAUCACUGUGAGUUGUGUAAAGACGGUUAUUAUGGCGAUGCUUUAGAACAAGCAUGUGAUAUAUGUAAUUGUGACGUAUUAGGAACAAAUUUCACACGUGGAAAUUGUGACCGUGUGACUGGGCAAUGCCCAUGUUUCAAUAAUGUAAUGGGCAUAAAUUGUGAUCAGUGUACUGAAAAUCAUUGGCGAAUCGCACUUGGAAAAGGAUGCGAUCCAUGCGAAUGUGAUCCUAUAGGAUCAUUGUCACCUCAAUGUAAUCCUUUUAUAGGAAAAUGUGAUUGUAAGCCAGGUCACGGUGGUAGGCAAUGUGAUCAAUGCCAAGAAAAUCAUUGGGGCGAUCCUAACAUAGAAUGUUAUGAAUGUGAAUGCGACCUUGAUGGUUCUGUAUCUCAGCAGUGUAUGAGAGAAAAUGGAUCCUGUAUUUGCAAGCCUGGAAUAGGAGGAUAUAAAUGUGACUUGUGUGCUAGAGGUUAUCUUGGUGAAGCUCCUGAAUGCUACGCCUGUGGUGAAUGUUUCGAUAAUUGGGAUCAAUUAAUUGGAAAAUUACGCAUUCAGACGGAAUAUGCUAUUGGAAAUGCCAGUAAAAUUAAAGUAAUUGGAGCUACAGGAGCAUAUACCAGAGACUUUGAAGAAAUGACCAAAACCUUAACAGAUGUCGAAAAUUCUCUCCAGAGUGCAAGAUUAGGACAAACCACCGUUAAAGAGCUUGUUUCUAAUAUAUCGAGUCUACAAGAACAUCUCAAUGAAGCAGAUAAAAAAAUUAAAGAAAGUAAUGAUAAUCUUACAGCUAUUACAUCAAAGAUAAACUUAGGAAAUGUCACUUUAGACGGGUUAAGAUCUAGUAUUGAAAAACUUAAGAGUAAAACAUUGGAGCUUGGUAAUAAUGCAACAAAAUUACAAGAGGCUAACCUUGAGGGUGCACUUAAUCUGACGCGUGAAGCAAAACAAAGGGCUAUCAAAGCAAGUGACGAUGCAGAAAGUGUACAGACUAUUAUUGCGAACGCUGACAGACAAAUUAAAAAUACUGAUAGACUUAUAGAAAUGCAAUAUAACAAUUUUAAUAAUACCCAAAACGAAAAUGAAAAGAAGCUUGGCGAAUUGCAUGACAUUUUGUCGCAGUUUGAUGAAGGUUUCCCUAAAUUAAAUGAAAUAAUGUGUGGACAAGAAAGUGACACCUGCGAUAUUUGUGGUGGCGCUGGUUGUGGGAAAUGUGGUGGAAUAUCUUGUGAUCAAGGUGCAAUAACCAAAGCAGAACAAGCUUUAGACUUUGCAAAUAAAACAGAACAUAGAAUUAAGGAACAUGAACUUUCAGCUGAGGACUUGUUUAGAUCUGUAACUCAAGUUAAGCAAGAUACAGUCUUGGUAAAAUCUAGAGCAGGAGACUUAUUCAAUAGAUCUGGUGAUUUUAAAUUAUCUGCAGAAAAGGUUAUCAAUGAUAGCGUAGACUUAACUUCGGAACUCAGAGAAUUUUUAUCAAACAACUCCAACACUCCCGCAGAUGUAAGGACUUUGGCCAAUGAUAUACUUAAUUUAUCAAUCAGAAUUGAGCCUAAAGAAAUUACUGAGUUAUCUCAAAGAAUCAAUUCUACCGUAUCCCAACUGACAAACAUUGAGAACAUUAUAUCGGAAACCAAGCCUGAUCUUGACAGAGCUAAUGCGCUUAAACAAAAUGCAACGAUCGUAAAUAAAGAGGCUAAUCUCACCUUAGAAAUGGCAAAUAAGGUUUUAGAAGCAUUAAAUGAGGCCCAAGCUGCCCAAAACGCUGCAGAAAAUGCCAUUGAUAAAGCAAAUAACGAUAUCGAAGCGGCAAAAGGAGAUCUCUUACCGAUUGCAAUUGAAACGGAACAGGCACAAAAGAAAGCAAAUGAGACCAUGGAUGAAGUAGAGGGCUUGCGCACUCGUCUGUCAGAUUUACAGAAAAAUAUCCUUAAAAUAGAAAGCGACGCUGAUCAGGUGAAGCAAGAAGCAAAUGAUGUCGUAAAUAGAGCUGAAGCGGCCGAACAAAAAGCAAGGCAGCUGCGACAAGACUUUAAAACAACGAAUUCAUCACUCGCUGAAAGAGCAAACCAAACGUCGAAUUCAAGAGAAAGGGCUCAGCUAUUACUCAAUAGGGCUACAAAACUUGCAAGUGACACACAAACGCAGUUAAAACUUCUUGCCAACAUGGAAGAGCUUUAUAAUGACCAUAACGAACAGCUUAAUACCUUGGAAAAAGAAAUAGGCGAACUGAACUCCCAAAUGAAUUAUUACCUGUCGGAAAUAACGAAGCGCUCAGACAACUAUCGGUGGCUCUACUUAGAGCCAAUAUUACUGUACGACGAAGGCGAUUUGGGAGUUAAGUUUCGCAAAGUGGAUCAAGGUUUUAAACACGUUGCGCGGAUUGUUGAAACUGACCCCAGGCUUUCUGCGUUAAUUCAGUCUUCGAGACUUCAGCCCAUGUUAGACUCCAUAUCGGAACAACUCAAUGCUUGUCAGUCGGCUUUGAAUCAAUAUAUUGAUGAGAAACGUACAAUAUUCCCUCGCCUAUAUUUCCUAAGUGACGACGAUUUGCUAGAGUUGCUCGGUCAGGCUCGAUCAGGCGCUGAAGGCAGGGAGGCCGUGCUCCAAACUCACUUGAAGAAGCUAUUCCCUGGGAUCACUGGGGUGGUAUUGGGACCUGGUGGAGUAUCAAUAACAACUCUCUGUAGCCAUUACGACGAAACAUUUAAACUGGAUCGGCCAGUCGAUAUUGAUUGCGCUGUUGAGAUUUGGCUUAAAAACCUCGAGGAUGAAAUAAGAGCGUCGUUGAAAAGUCUAACGUUGAAUUGUAUAAGUGGGAACUCGAGCCUCGAUCUGUUUUCGCUACCGACGCAGAUUAUGUGCUUAGCGCAAAAUAUUAGAUUCACCGAACAAGCUGAAAAGGCGAUCACAAGUAGAGAACUACGAAUUCUUAAAGAAAAUAUUGAAAAGGAGAAUGAUAGUUAUACAAGCGAUUUCGAGGAUGAAGCCGAGAAAUUUAAGAAGCAAGCGCUGAUACUCCAAUGCGCGUACUAUAAGGAGGUUGUUGCUGCUCUAAUUGAAAAUAAUGUCGUGUCGACUAGUGAUUGGGUGUGGCAGAAACAGUUGCGAUUUUAUUUAAUAAAAGGUGAAGUCGUUGCGAGGAUGGGUUUAGCUGAAAUUCCCUAUUCGUAUGAGUAUUUGGGAAUUCAAACUGGCCAAUUCGUAAGAACCGAGUUGGCUGAGGAAUGUUUUCUUAUAUUAACUCAGUCGUUACAUUUUGGCUUUAUCGGUAAUCCGUUUGGUCCAGCGGGAACGGGAAAAACGGAGUCUGUGAAAGCUUUGGGAGGACUAGUCGGGCGAUUGGUCUUGAUUUUUAACUGCGAUGAGGCAAUGGACGGCGAGUGUAUGGGACGGUUAUUAACAGGCUUGGCUUUGAGCGGGGCUUGGGGCUGCUUUGACGAAUUCAACAGGCUCUCGUCGCCAGCAUUAGCCGCCGUCUCGCAUCAGUUCACUUCUAUACUCGCUGCGAUGUUAGAGAAGGAUAAAGAGGCCCUUUUGAAUGGAAAACACGUCUGCGUGUCCCCAUGGUGCGGCAUAGCGGUGACCCUGAACCCAGCGGGUCGUGGGUACGGGGGUCGUCGCGAGUUGCCAUCCGCUCUUCAGCGCGUGCUUCGGCCCGUAGCCCUUACGGCUCCUACUCCUGGUCCUCUGGCCUCGCACCUCUUGGCCGCGCAUGGGGCUUCGCACUCGACCAGGCUGGCGGCUGAUUUGACGUCCGUUUUUACUCUAUCCAGUAACCUCCUGAGCAGCCAGCGUCACUACGACUGGGGCCUGCGGGCCCUGAAGGCGGCGGUGGGCAGCUGUGGCCAGGGCUUAAGGGCCCAAGGCGUACGGGAGGAGCUUGCACAACGCGCCAUCUUGCGGAAAGUGCUCAAACUCAACAAUCUCUCCAAAUUGACGAAGCCGGAUGCCGAAAGAUUUGAAAAUAUUCUAUCGUUGGUGUUCGCUGAUGUGCCUGAAGAGAAACUGGACGAGAACUCUUUCUCUGUGUCUGUCCAGUCUGCGUUUGAACCGCUGCAUAUUGUGUAUAAUCAGUUGCAGGCUGAGAAAUGUAUGGAACUGUAUGAACAGCUGCAACAACGAAUGGGUGUGGUGAUAGUUGGGCCGCCUGGCUCUGGGAAGACUUCUAUUAGAAAAUUAUUGAAAAAUGCGCUAAUAUCAACCGGUCGGACGGUAAUGGAGCACGUGAUAUACCCAAAGGCGGUUCAUCGCGAGAGUCUGUUGGGGCACGUCGAUCACGACACUCGGCAGUGGACUGAUGGAGUCAUUUCCACUAUUGCCUUGCAAGUCUCGCAGCAGCCUCCAGAUGUAUAUUCCUGGGUGGUUUGCGACGGCGAUAUUGAUCCAGAAUGGAUAGAGGCGUUAAACUCAGUGCUGGAUGACAAUAGGUUGUUGACUCUGCCUUCGGGUUGGAGAGUUCAGUUUGGACAAAAUGUUAACUUUAUCUUUGAGACGCACAGCUUGGAACACGCUUCGCCGGCCACCAUUUCGCGGAUGGGGAUCAUUUUGUUGAGUGAGGAAGAAUGCUGUGUACAGGAAGUUCUUCAAAAUUGGAUAAGAAAAGCUGAGAAUGAUGAAAUUUUAAAAGGUGCCUUAGCAUUGAUACAGAAUGUCGUGCAAAGAUGUUUGAAGUGGUUUGACAGUCACAAGUCGAGAACGCUCAAAUUUUACAGUGUGGCAAUGGUACAACAAAUCCUAACUCAACUCGAAUACAUAGUUCAAGAAGCGGACAAUAAACAUCUUUCAAUGGAAGAAAUGACAUAUUUAUCUCUACAGCAAAGUGUAAUUGGUCUGCUAAAGGAGAACGCUCUUCAUGCGUUUCAUGAAGAGAUGUCGGACAUUUUGGGUCCGCCUCCACAAACCACUACGCACCUGUGCGAGCGCGUGUCUGACGUUUUGAUAAUGUCGCCGCGUUUAGAUGCGCCUGCGCAGACAUUACGCGCAGUUGUCAACGCACGAUCCCACGCCGUUAUAAUGGGAUAUGAGGCGUGCGCUAAGUACGCUUUAGCGGAAUACGUCCUAAGAGAAACAAAUGCCACGAUUGUCCCAAUCGACUGUUCUCCGUUAUUGGAACCGGCCGAUAUCAUCGCUGAACUAAAACGAAAAAAUGUGGUUCGUUCUGCGGGCGGGUCUAACUCCCGCGUAGUGGUGCUGGUUCGAGCUCUUCACAGAGCUAGAGUUGAUGCUUGGGGUUCUUCUCCCGUACACUCUUUCUUGUUGCAGCUUAUCCAAGGCCAUGGAUUCUGGAGCUCAGAUGAAAAUGGUUCCCAAUGGCAUAGCGUUACACGCGUGAGCGUCAUCGCGACGGCGGAACCUCGCGCUAAUAUUGCCUCGAGACUGGCGGCUGCGCUUGCGCAUAUUUAUAUACCAGAACCUACGGAAGAUGAGCAGUUAGAAUUGGUAACAAGUUCUUUGAAGGAAAAUGUGACCAAGAACUUUGGAGACAAAGAUGUGUUGACACUGGCAAAGAAAAUCCUGUUAAUGUUUAAAGAGAUAACGGAGAGCUUCGAUGCGAAGCCACAUUACACCUGGAACUCCUCCCACUUGAAGGCUUUGUGUGAGAAUACAAAGUGCUACAGCCCCGCAAAUUCGACAGAUGUUGUAGCAGCCCUCAAUGCUCAAGCAAAAAUGAUAUUCCGUGAUCGCCUCCUAAAGGACGAGGAAAAAUCCGAUUUUGAUGCUUUACUCCAUAAAUAUCUUGAUAUUGAGAAAGAUAUGAACUUCAAAAUGAUUUUGCGUGGCGAUGGAGUUUACUUAGAAGGCAUAGACUACGCCGCCUGGUACCAGAACACUCUAAUGCUUAUCAACCAAUGCUUGACGGAAGAUGAAAAGGCCUUUGGUGACAGUGGUAUGGAGGUUUGUAAGGAGUUGUCUACGCUGUGUCCUUCAAUUGCUCUGGCGCUUAAUGGGAACGUUGUAACGUGCGUGAGUGGUACAGGCUCCGGCGUAUGCGCAGCCGCUCGUAUAGUUUGCGCGGCACUAUCUGCUAAUUGUGUGCUUGCUGAGCUGCCUUCACAGUUUGCUAAUAACUUUAAAGCUUCUCUAACAUCUGCAAGUGAAGGGAACCAUACUCUAUUAAUGAUCACGGAAUGGUCAUCCGAUGAAAAUAACUUGGCCAUCGUAGAAGCCUACAUUCGCGCGGGUAGCGUGUACGCACUUCCGGCAAAUGUAAUGCCAUCUAUUGGACAGAAUGCGGAACAAACACUUAUUAAUAUAAAACAACACCUAGGCAUUUUAAUAUGUUUGCACAAAGAUCAAGAGAAUCUAUCGGAACUUUUGGAAAAAUUCCCAUUUAUGUCUGACACGGGCCAGUUAAUAUGGCUCGAGAGAUGGUCGGAGGCGACUUUGAGAGAGAUGCCGGCUUUGGUUGUUCAGAGGUUAAUUAAAGAAGACAGUGAUGAUAUAUGGAAAGACGAACAAAUCGACAUUCCAUUGGAGGGAAUGAUCAGCAUUUACAAUAGCGUAGAAGAGCACUGGUUGAAGAAUCCAUACCGAUACAUGCAUUUCAUCAAAGCAUUCUAUAAUAUUGUCACUAAAAAGAAGACGACACUUGUGCAACGUCUAAAGAUGUUGUCGGCCGGCGUAGAGGCCCUCCGUCGAGCCCGCAGCGACGUCGGUGCACUCCAAUCGCAGGCGGCGGAACAAGAGCUGGAACUCAACGAUAAGAGGGAGAAAGCGAAUAAAGCGUUGGAGCAGAUCGGCGCUACUGUGAGAGCCAACACGGAUAAGCACGAGGAGAUGCAGAUAUUGAAGAAGAAUAUAGAGAUGGAGAAUGAGAAGCUGCAAAUACGUAAAAAAGAAAUAGAAGAAGAAUUAGCGGCAGUAGAACCUGUGAUUGCGGCCGCUCGAGCUGCCGUAGGUGAUAUCAAACCUGAAUCUCUUAGUGAAAUGCGAUCGUUGCGUGCGCCACCAGACGUGGUCCGAGACGUGCUCGAAGGGGUGUUGAGACUGAUGGGGAUCGCUGAUACGUCUUGGCAUUCUAUGAAGAGCUUCUUGUCGAAGCGAGGCGUCAAAGAGGAUAUACGAUGCCUAGACGCGAGUCACAUAAGCCCCGAGGCGAUAGAGUCAGUGCAGCGCCUGUUGGAGAAACGCGGAGCAUCUUUCGAGCAGGCCACUGCGCGUCGGGCCAGCGCCGCGUGCGCCCCUCUGGCCGCCUGGGUGCACGCCAACCUUGCGCACGCGCACGCGCUGCUCCGAGUAAAGCCACUGCAGACGCAGCAGAGGCAAUUGCACAAAAACCUGCAACAAGCGGAAAGCGAACUGGAAGCCCUAUCGAGCGGAAUGACGUCGGUGGAGGAACGUGUGACGUCACUGAAGGAGCAACUCGGCCAGCACACUCGGGACGCGGCAGCUCUGGAGAUGCGACUGACAGCCGUGACUGACACCAUCCAACACGCUAAUGGCUUAUUGGAACAUUUGGCGAACGAGUAUCGGACGUGGGAGACUGAUUUACAAAAUAUAUCUCGGGAGAUAUCGGAACUGAAUCAGAGAUCGCUGUUGGCGGCCGCAUACGUGGUAUUCCUACCUGACCUCACCGAGAAACAAGCAGAAGUUCAAAUACAAAAAUGGUGCCAAUUACUAGGAUACGAAACCAAAAGCUUCUCCGUGGUCAGUUUCCUGUCCAGUCCUGAGAAGCAGGUGAAAUGGGAAGCUGACGGAUUACCUUUGGACCAGUCUGCGCUGAAGAAUGCCGUUCUUAUUGAUCAGAUAUUGGAUUCACGUAAAUGUGGGCUGACACCACUAAUAAUAGACCCUGAUGGAGAAGCCAUGAACUGGCUCAAAAAGACCCUCAACGGAUCAUCCUUUGAGUUCGUCUCGCAGAAUAGUGAUAAGCUGCAGACUGCUGUGCAAUAUGCUAUAAGACUUAAUCGUACCCUGGUGAUAUACGACGUGGAGUGCGUACACGCCUCGUGGUGGGGCGCGAAAGGAAACGUGCUGCUCGUGACGCGCGAUCCGUCGCUCGUACGCUCUCUGCCCGCGUACGUGCUCGCCGUUCUUAGCCCUUUGUAUUUCACUGCGAGGCUGCAUGCGUUGUUCGAUCAAUUAAUACAUUACACGAUGCAAAAGCAAAAUCCCGAAAUGAACGAGAAGAUUAAGGAAAUUAAGUUAAAGAAGGCUUUGCUGCAAAACCAACUUCACGAGUUGCAGGAAAACCUUCUGAAAGAUCUCUCGAGCAACAGCGACAUAUUACACGACGCAAACUUGAAAGCCUCCUUAAGCAAGACCCGAGACACGAGUAUAACUAUAUCGGAGUCUCUAAGCUCAGCUCAAAUUAUUGAAGAAGAGUUCAAAGCUUCGUGCAAAGUGUUUGAAGAAAGUGCGCUGAAAGCGGCGCAUUUGGUUCUCGCUGUCAAGGAGUUGGCUGCGAAAAAGCCUUUGGUGUCAGUGCCCAUUGACACGAUGUUGGAGGCUUACGUUGACGCUAUUCGAAGAAGCCCGGAUGAAAAGAACAUCAGCUCCAACGAGGUCGUAAAAUACCUAAUGAGAAGAACAGUAGAGCGCGUGCUUCUCAGUUUGCACAAAAAGGACAAAUAUAGUGUAGUAUUGCAUUUGCUGAAGCAAGUGUUCGAAGACGUAAUACCAGAAAAGCUCUGGCAUUUGUUUAUCGGAAGCUUUGAACUGAUUGACGAUCGAGAAAUUGCUGCAAUUAAGAAUGUUUACAACUGGAUUCCCGAUGAUUGUCUUAAAAGAGUUGCGAGCAUUAAGGUGGAAGAUGAAGAGUUAUUUAACAAGCUUUCGUUAAAUAACACGUUAUGGUUGGAUUUUAUGAAGUCCGGAGACUUUAGAGUGAUGAGCAAAUUGGGGUUGACAAUAUUUGAGACGGUCGUGGCAGUGUCCGCUCUGAGGCCGAAUAGCUUGUACCGGGCCGUGAUCCUGUUGGUGGAUCUAAUGUUAGGAGCUGGAGUGAUGAGCGGUGGUGAUGAGAUCCGCAAAGCCCACCGUUGGUCAUCACCGCAGCGCUGUGUCUUGCUUCUGGGGACCCACGCGGCUGAUCAGUUGCAGGCACACGCUUAUCCACGCCGCUUUAUACAGAUGGGAAUAGACGAAGGGCGUCAAGCGUGGGAAGGAGCUAUCGAAAGCAUUCGCGAAGGAGGCUGGCUCGCCAUCAACGUGGGAGCUUCGCCCUUCUCCAAGGCUCUUAGGGAAUUCCUAGAUGACCUGAAGAAUCGACCGGUCGAAGACUUCAAUAGUGACGUCCGCGUGUGGAUUGUCGCUGAAGAUCGCGAAGUUCCGGCUGCGAUAUCCGGUUCCUGUGUCAAUGUAUUACUUGAGACAGCAGAGGGCGUGAAACACAAUGUAUGCAGCGUGUUGAGUACUUGGAGUAGUUCUCAAAACGCGACAAUUACGAGGCGUCUGGUCAACCUUUCGAUAUUGCAUGCUUUGGUAUUGGAACGGAGGGCGUACGUGCCCUUAGGUUGGAGCCAAUACUACGAGUGGGGUUGGGGCGAAGUGUCCCUUGUGCGUGCGUGCGUAUCCCAAAGUACGAACACGUCUCGCUCGCUGUGCGAGGCCGUGUACGCAGCUCGCGUCCCCACGGCACCCGACCGACGCGUGCUUCGAGCUCUGGUGGCUUCGAGUUUGGGAGAUUCUUCUCAAGCCAAUACGUAUACGUUGCCCGGGCUGAAUGCGCCUUUGCCCUACGCAGACAGUUUGCAGGAUUACAUAUCUGCGCUUGAGAACUUGCCGGAACUGGAUUCUCCUGAACUUCUGGGUUUGGCUAAGAACUGUCGCCUUGCGUGGGAGAGGAAGGCUGCGGAGAAUAUUGUCUCAGGUCUCAGAGAAAUGAAUUCGACUGUUUCAAAGAAAAACACAAGCACAGCACCAAUAAAAUCACUUCUGGCGUUGUGGAAGAAACUUAUGGCCGGGAAUCCUCUUCUUAAACCGGACUUCUCUGUCGAAAUGCGCGGCAGUGACUGGUGGACGUGCGUAUGCGCAGGUGAAUCGAGUGACGCGAAGCGAAGUGCGAGGGCCAUCCAUCAUACGCUGGCUGCGUAUGCGCAUCGACUGCAUACCGACGCGCACUUGCAUGUCGUACCAGAAGAAUGGCAAAUGUUAUGGUCCGGGCCGGAUAAGCCGGACGAGUACAUCCGGGAGUUCUGUUUCCGAGCACGAGCUUCCGCCAAUCGGCUCACUGAGAAAAUCGCAGACAACUUUAUGCCUAAACAUUUAGACCUUCGUUCCCUGCUAUUCCCGGCCCGUGCUUUGCGAGCUAUACAAGCGAAUGCCGCGACAACACUCGGAUGCGCACCUCACUCUUUGAGGUUGGAUGUGCAGUGGGACCAAAAAGAAUAUGAAGAGCGCUCAAACAGCGUGAAAGUCACCGGCCUGUCCUUAAGCGGGUGUCGUUGGGACGUGUCAGGCUUGUGUCCGGUAGAUGCGCACGCGCCGCCUUGCUUACCUGCACCACCUUUGUCACUUACAUAUGUACCAGGAGAUAAUGAAUUACAGAGUCGCGCGUCCCGCACCAGUCGCGUGACCCUAGCAAUGUACGCGAGUGCGACGAGGGACGCGCUAGUGUGCGAAGUGUUUGCGCCACUCGCGCCUAACUUCACGCCGCAGAACGCUAUUUUGCACGCAGCCGCUCUUUUCAUUGCACCUGUCGAUUAA